AUGUGUUUAUUCCACGUAACUUCACGUUUCCGGUUUGCGCUAACGCUACAUCCGCUGCAGGGCUUGGAACAAGUCUGUCGUUUGAAUUAGUGUCCGUGUGGUACUUGCUGAAUCCCAAUAUGAACACGGUCCUGUCGAGAGCUAACUCGCUGUUUGCCUUCUCCCUGAGCGUCAUGGCGGCUCUGACUUUCGGCUGCUUCAUCACCACAGCGUUUAAAGACAGAAGGGUUCCUGUGGACAUCCACGUCUCUAAAGUCAUGCUGAAGAACGUUGAUGACUUCACUGGACCCCGAGAACGAAGUGACCUGGGUUUCAUCACCUUUGACCUUUCAGCUGAUUUGCAGCCAAUUUUUGAUUGGAAUGUGAAGCAGUUGUUUCUCUAUCUGUCUGCUGAGUAUGCCACAAAGAGCAAUGUAAGUCCUAAUGCACACACACCUCGACCUUUUAGUAAGAAGCAGGCAUGAAGCACGCUACAUAUGGCUUAUCAAAGCAUCACAUUGUGUCUGACGGUUAGUGCGCAGGUCAAACUACAAGUCUGAUGUGUGAAUGCACGCCAGCACUCUGAUCACUUUAAGCAUUCAGUCACUCGUCUCACCUCAUCUUCAUCAUCACGUUGUUAUGAGAAUGCUGAACAUGAGGCUUUUUGCACAAGUCAGUGACAGCGGUCCAUACAGAUCACCGACGGCAAACAAUACACAGCUGGGUGGUUUUUAGCUGUCAGAGGAGUGGUUUCAGGGCUCGCAAAAUUUCA